GGUUCCCAUGGAAAUAGUGGCUCUGAAGAAAGUCUCAUGUGGUUGCAAAGGAGUGAUCCGUCUGCUGGAUUGGUACGAACGUCCAGAUGAGUUUGUCCUAAUCCUGGAGCGACCAGAGUCUUUUCAAGACUUGUUUGAUUUCAUCACAGAAUGUGGUGCACUUUCAGAGGACCUGUCACGGAACUAUUUUCGCCAGGUUGUAGAGGCAGUGCAGCAUUGCCACGCUAAUGGAGUGUUACACCGCGACAUCAAAGACGAGAACAUUCUCAUCAAUCUUCAGUCACAAGAGUUAAAGCUCCUAGACUUUGGCUGUGCGGCCCUGCUGCAAGAUGAAAUGUUCACAGGGUUUGAGGGUACCAGAGUUUACAGCCCUCCGGAAUGGAUUCAAUUUCAUAAGUAUGAUGGUCUGGCAGCAGCUGUUUGGUCACUAGGCAUCGUCCUGUAUGACAUGGUCUGUGGUGAUAUUCCUUUUAAAUAUGAUGAAGAAAUUGUGAAGUGCAAACUCCACUACAGAAGAAAGAUCUCUGUGGUUUCUUCUGACCAGGACUUGCCCUCGAUUUUUAGGACAUAUUCAAAUGGGGAUAAUACAGUUGCAAUGAGUCGCCGAGAUGAUGGUAACGCUACCAAAGGCAAUAAGCCUAAUGGACAGAGGUACAAAACGGACCUUUCUAGCAUUAUGCAUUUAAAAUAUAGUUUUAAUGGGAAAAAAGUACCUUUAUUAGAGGAAACUGAUGUGAAUAUAACUUAUGAUUCCAAUGUUAAAAUGCUGGAUGAAAUGCUGUUCAAAUAUAAAAACAUUGAAUUAGAGAAUGCAUAUCUGAGGGAAUGUUUGAGUUUAAAAAUAGUGCCUAAAGGUUUACGAGUUUGA